AUGCUUGCCACGCUCACUAAGGUUUCUUGCACGCCAGCUUCGCUCUUCUCGCGCCAGCUGCCACUGGGACGAGCGAUGCAUGCAGUCAAGCACGCCGCACAACCCGCUCUCACCCUCCGCGAACCGGCGCGUAGCCUUGCCACGCACAGAGGGCUUCCCAUCUCCCCCGAAGACUCGGCAAAGAAGCCGAGAAAGAGGCAGACAGCGGCGGAGAGCUGGGCAGAAGAAGAAGCUCUCCUCUCGAUGAUGGACCCUGAGGGGGCCAAACUCGCGCGACACUAUCUGUACCUUAAUCCUCCCUGGGUCAUCGCGCCUCCUCGCCUCUCGUUCGAUCCCGGACUCGACAUGCGCAAACUCGGCAAGCCCAAGACCAAGCGGGACAAGCAGGAGAGGGAGUUGUGCAGAGCUUGGAGGAAAGUGGAGGGUGAAGCGCGGCUCAAGCGACUGCAGGAAGAGGUUGCGGACUUGGCAAAGAGGAGGAGGGAGGAGGAGCUGCAGGAGAUAGUCCGGCCGAAGGAGAUUGGAGAAGUUACGGCCAGGACUGAGCUUGGCUGGUUGGCUCUACAGGCUAGGGAGUAA